AUGUGGACGUCUGCUGUGCUGCUGGUGCUGCUGCUGGCAGCGGCUUCUCAAACCGCCGCGAAGCCCAAGAACCGCUUCACUCGUUACCCGUCAUGGAACACCAAGAUGUAUCCGAUCUGGAAGGACGGAGACCCGCGAUACAGAGACUCCUGGAAAGGUGGAAGAGUGAUUUUCAACGUGGGAAAUGACUCGCCGACUCUGACCGGAGCCAGAGUGACCUUCACCAUCGACCUGGAGUUCCCUCACAACCAGAAGGUGCAGCCGGACGGAGACGUGGUUUGGGCUGAAGACUGCAUAGUUAACGGAACAAAGUACCGCCAGUCUGAACCAGUUUACCCGACACAGAGCGCGGACUGGGAGGCAGUUUUCCCCGAUGGGACGCCGGUGAAGAAGGACAAGAAGCCGGCGUACGUGUUCGUCUGGAAGACGUGGGGUCAGUACUGGCAGGUUGCAGACGGGCCGUCCUCCUCUCUGACGAUCGGCACCGACGACAUCCCUCUGGGCUCCUACACCAUGGACAUCGUCAUCUACCACUACCGCAGCAAGGAGAAGUUCAUUCCUCUGGGAUACGCCUCCACCCAGUUCUCCAUCACCGAUCAGAUCCCCUUCGCCGUCUCUCUGGACCAGGUGAACGACAUCGUGGCCGGAGACAUGCGCUUCAUCCAGAACCGGGCCAUCGCCUUCACCAUCACCCUCCACGACCCCAGCCAGUACCUCAGCAACGCCGACAUCACCUUCAACUGGGACUUUGGAGACGAGAGCGGAGCCCUGAUAUCCAGAGAGCUGACCGUCACUCACACCUACAUCAGCUCCGGUUCGUUCAAGCCUCAGGUGGUGAUCCAGGCGGUCAUCCCCGACAAGGCCUGCGACCCCCCAACCGACAAACCGACCAAGGCCCCCGGUCCGCCCUCUGACCAGGGCACCACAGUUAAAGCUCCUGCACUGGUGUCUGCUGUUCCUUUACUGGUUUCCACCAAGUCAGUCGGUCUGAACGUCAACAUGGUUCCAUCAGACACAGAAGAAGACACCACCGAGGAUGAGGCCUCCACCGCCUCGGCGACUCAACCUGCCCUGGAAACGGUGGCCAAGACUCCAUCACCGGUCAACCAGCUGCCUGCUGACAAUCAGGUGGAGAACAAACUGCCAGCAGAUGCAAAGCGAACAGUGACGCUGACAGGAAGAGCGACAGUCAUCGCUGUAGCUAAGAGGGAUGCUGAUGAUAAACCUGCUGACGAUGACUGUGUGAUUUAUCGAUACGGCUCCUUCUGCACUGGCAUCGAAGUAUUUGAGGCCAUUGAAAAAGUAGAGAUUGUACAAAUGGACAACAACGUGAUGGCAACACCUGGAAUGAACAAAAAUGUUUUGGAUAUCACUGUCACCUGCCAGGGAAGUCUCCCAAAAGAAGUGUGCAGCGUGAUUCUGGACGCAGAGUGCCUGAGGCCCAUUCACACAGCCUGCAACAUGGUGGAGCCGUCCAAAGAGUGCCAGCUGGUGCUGCGUCACUUCUUCAAUGACUCCGGUGUCUACUGCAUCAAUGUUUCCAUGGCCAAUGAUGUCAGCUUAGCAGCCACCAGCGCCAAAGUCAAUGUUGACAUGGGCUCCGGGCUGUCCUCCUCUGGUACCAUCGCCAUGCUGUUGGGUGUCCUGGUACUCAUUCUAGCGCUGGCAGUAGUGGCUUAUUCUUACAAGCGAUUUAAGUCCUACCGUCCUCUGAAGGAAGACAUCGCUGCAUCUGGAGGCCCACAGCCCGGCAGCUCAUCCGGAGCCUCGAUGUUCUGGAACCUCCUGAACCGACGAGGAACUAUCGAUGACUGCCCGUUGCUGCAGGAUCGACCAGUGUGA